AUGCAAAGAAGUUAAAAUGAUGAGGACAAGCCUUUGAUUCCACUGCCUUAAGCAACAGAAUAGAAGAGACAGGAGAAAAUAGCAUACGAAAAGCAGAUGGCAAGAGUAACCUUGUUGAAAUAGACCCAACAGAAAAACUUGCAUCUAGCUAAAUUGUAUGAGAUGGCUGCAGACAAGAUUGAAAAUGGACAAACUGUUAAGAAACAACUACGAAAUCUGGCUGAAGAGGCACGUUAAUUGAAGGAGGAUGACAUGAGAAGAAGGAAGCACCAAAUCAAACAGAUUAAGAAGCACGAGGAAGAGUUUAUUUUAAAACGAGCCGCUAAAUAGAAGAUUGGCGAUUCCAUGAAGUAAUCCUCAGUAAAGGAGUACAAAAGUGCCAUCAAGUUGACUCUGUCUAGAACAAGAGAUUGUAUUCUUCAAGACAAUUAAAAGAUUCGAGAGACCCUCUAUCAAGAAGAAAAGAAAAGGAAGGAGAAGAAGGAAGAGGCCAAAAAAUUAGAUGAAAUGAAAUCAUAGCAAUUUUAUAAGGAAAGAGUAUCCUAUGAAAAAAUGAUAGAAGAAAAACUAAAGAAAUCCAGAGAAAAACUCUUUUAAGAUGAGUAGAUGUUGCAAAGUCGUCUAUAAGAAACCUAAAAUUUGCUCAGUAAAUCUUAAAAAAAAUUCAUGGAACUCCAAUCCCAAAGUGUACACAGCAAAAGAUGAGUAGCAAUAUAAAUUAUUAUUACAAAAAUUAUUAAUUAACUUCUCUUUAUUUUAGGAAAUUAGUUAAAUAAAAUAAUAAAAACAAUUUAAUUGUGAAUCAACUGAGGAAUUUGGAUAAAGAUUUUAACAAGAAUGAAAUAAUGUAAAUAUUGAUAAAUGUUAAUUUAAUCAUAUAUGAACUAAAGAUUACAUAAGC